AUGAUUGUACAGGAACCAGUUCAGGCUGCCAUUUGGCAUUGUUUAAAUCAUCAUGAUUAUACGGACGCAAUAUUUUUAUCGGAACGUUUAUAUGCUGAAGUGAAUACUGAAGAAAGUUUAUUUUUGUUGGCAACAUCAUAUUAUAGGAAUGGGCAAAAUGAUCAUGCUUAUUAUAUACUUAAAGACAGAAUAGGAAAUUCGCCACAGUGUAGAUAUUUACUGGGGAUGUGUGCCUAUGAGUUAGAAAAAUAUGCAGAGGCUGAAGCUACUAUUCUAGAAAACAGUACAUCAGGAAACAAUUUAGAUGAUGAAGAUCUAGUCAAAGAAUUUGGAGAGCAAGCUGGUUUUGCGUUGCUACUUCUGGGAAAAAUUGCAGCUAAAACUGAACGCAAAUCUAGAGCAGUCGAUGCUUGGAAAAAAGCUCUUAAAUUAAACCCAUUCCUGUGGUCUAGUUUUGAACUUCUGUGCAAAAUGGGAGAAAAAAAGGACCCAGCGGAAGUUUUCCAAAUAAACAAUAUUGAAAAUUUAUCUAUGUGCCAAGGAAACAGCAUCAGUAAUUUAGAUAGUGUUAUUAUCACCAACAGUAUGUCCACUAUUGAGAAUGAUGAAAGCUUUAUCAAUACUCCCGAACAAGUUUUUAGUUUUAAUCCUAUGCAUAUGAACCAUGCAAAUGUCAAGCUGUUCUCCACACCAGACGAAAGCCCCUCGGUUCACCCUUUAGCUCUAUCUGGAAUCAGGCCAUUGGCACCUUCACUUCAAAAAUCUCUCAGGCCUCGAUUUAAGGAAGUUGGAAGUUUUCAGACUCCACCCAAUCACGAAUCUCAACCCGCAUUCGGCCAGCUGUUCGAAACCUCCCACGAUACCCUCAACACAUCCGACAUGAUUUCACCGACGACGCUCACGGAAUCGAACAACCACCACCAGUCGCUGGCGAAACGAGUGAGGGCCCAAGUCGAUCAGUUCAUCGGUCGAAAGGAGUCGAUUUUUCAAAACUGUAAGCCGGUGUUUAGCCAAUCCACUAACGUGCCCGUAACUAAGACCCCCACGAUUCCGCUAGCGGUACAACCCGGUCAAAACGUACGGAGAAGUUCGAGAUUAUUCAGUAAUAGUUAUUCGGUUAAGGAAAACAACAAAUCGCCUAGUAGAAAUAAGUUUGCUACACCAAAGUCGCCGUCUCGUAAAACCAAACAGCGUAUAGCUAAGUGUAAUCUGAACAAAAACGCGAACUUCGCGGAAAUGAACACUAAGAAUAAAAUAGAAAAAGAAAAGACGGAAACGGUGACUUCCGCUGACGCGAAGACGGAAAAAAGUGCAAUAUCCAACACGACAGAGAACUGCUUACAGCAAGUAGUCUACAUGCAAAAGCAGAGCGCCGAAGGCUUGAUGUCUUUGUUAAGAGAAAUCGGCCAGGCUUAUAUGGAUUUGUCGCAGUUCGAGUGCGCCGCCGCCAUCGAGAGGCUCAAUUCGUUACCACCCAAUCAGUUUAAAACCUCCUGGGUACAGUGCUUGUUAGGUCUUGCCUAUUUCGAAAUGUUAGACUUUGAAAACAGUAUUAAAUAUUUCGGGGAAGUCCACAGUAAAGAACCCUACCGCUUAGAAUACAUGGAUAUUUAUUCCACGGCGUUGUGGCACUUGCAAAAGGAAGUAACGCUUUCGGCUUUAGCUCAAGAUUUAAUAUCAGCGAAUAAAAACUCUCCUCUAACGUGGUGUGUCAGUGGGAAUUGUUUUUCGCUACACAAAGAACACGAUACUGCUAUUAAAUUUUUCCAAAGAGCUGUUCAGGUCGAUCCGAAUUUCCCGUACGCUUAUACUCUGUUGGGACACGAAUACAUCACCACAGAAGAGCUCGACAAAGCCAUGAGUUGCUUUAGAAACGCUAUAAGACUGGAUCCUAGGCAUUACAAUGCCUGGUUCGGCAUAGGGACGAUAUACUCCAAGCAAGAACGUUAUCAAUUAGCCGAAAUGAACUACUCUAAAGCGCUGUCGAUUAAUCCGAAGAGUUCGGUGAUUCUUUGCCAUAUAGGUGUGGUUCAACACGCCUUAAAAGAUACAGAAAAAGCUUUGGCUACGUUCAACACAGCCAUAUUCAAUAACCCCCAUAGUCCACUAUGCAAAUUCCACAGAGGAUCCAUCUACUUCGCUCUGGGAAGACACGCCGAGGCUCUCAAAGAGCUCGAAGAACUGAAAGAAAUCGUACCCAAAGAAUCUUUAGUAUAUUAUCUUAUAGGUAAGGUCCACAAGAAACUAGGCAACACCGAUCUGGCCCUGAUGCACUUCAGCUGGGCGACGGAUCUGGACCCCAAGGGAGGCAGUAGUCAAAUCAAGGAAGCCUUCGACCCGUCUAUAGGCAGGAGCGAGAACGAAGUAGAAUCUCCAAUUUCUCCUGCUCCGGACGAAUACCAAUCGGAGAGCAAUUCGGUUCCGAGGUUCGGUCCGCUGAAUUUCAACGGCUUGCCAGAUGACAGUGAAGAUAGUUUUUAA